GGACGGCCCCAAAGAGUAAUUUUGAAAUUUCCUAUUAGUAUUUUUUGUAUUCCUUAUACGCCUACGGUCGUUUUACUUCGAAUUCCGUACCCCAUAAAUAAAAGAAGAGCAAUUGUGCAGAUUUUUCUUUUACAUAAAGGGACGUUUCACUUUAAAAGAUUCCGUCUUGGUCCGCAGGAGUUUCUGUCAGCCCUUCCUUCAGAGCUCAGGGGCUGAAUCUCUGCCUGAGGCGAGGACUGACAGAAAAUCCUUCUCCGGGUGCGGAGUGCCUAGAGUCUGCAGAAAGGGAACAUCGAUGCUCCCGACUGCGCACCAGACAGUUUGCGAUGGAAAUUCGGCAGGAUUUUUUGUAAGUCCUGCCUUCGGAAUUCAGGAGUGAAUCUCUGCUGAACACUCGACUCCUUCGGAAUUCAGGAGUGAAUCUCUGCUGAACACUCGACUCGUACUCGUACUCUAAUCGGAUCGGUUGAGUAAUCAGGUUCCAGAGGCAAGGGUUCCAGAUUGGUCUUGGUACCAGGUAUCAACAAUCCUUUCUCUCGGUCAUGCUCGUCAUGCUUCGGUUCUCUUUGACAAUUUUUGACUCUGAUAAAGUGUAUGUGUAAAUUUUAAGCGGAGACAUCCGCUACCAUGUGUGUCAGUGUCAUGAACAUAUCUGUGUCGCUGUAGCAAGUCCUACUGGAGUGUCUUAUUGUUAGAAGCACCUCUCAGGCAUGCAAGUGAGGCAAGUGCAAUCAUCUAGCCUCUCACCCUCUCUAAUUUCAAUACUUCACUCCAGACUCUUGGUCUCAAUGAUUUCUAUCACACUUCAGUAGAAUUCGAAGGACUAAUUAUAUUAUUUUCCUGUUUAUAAGUUUCUGCGUCUUCAGUCAGCCGGAAAACAUUGAUGAGGUUAAUGUAUCGUUAUGGUACCUUCGUCCUCAUUGAAGAAGAAAACUGUUGCUCCUACUUGUAAGCAAGGCUCAAGCAAAGUGAAUUUGAUUGAAUCAGUCGAUAAAAAGGCCAAAAAUACUCCAAGUUCAAAAGUCCAUAAAAUACUCCAAGACAAGAAAUUCUAUUUGGAUGUGAAGAACCAUUCUGUCCUGAAAAAAACUGAAACUCGGCUAAGGGCACAUGGUGCUGCUAUUGAACAAUUUUUAACGAAGGAAGUACAGUACGUCUUAACAAAUCGUCAGGAGUGGAAUUCUAGCUGCAGGAAACCGGUUGUCAUCUCUCCAUCGCUUCCUGUUUCUCCAUCUAGUUCUUGGAUUUCCCCAUCAACAUUCCAGACAACCUCUCCUGAUGAUGGUGUGAACGUCAGGAAAUCGAGAAGCCGGGUGGAGGCAAUGCUAGAGAAAGCUCGUCUACAACCACAAAGAGUAUGUCCUGCUGAUCCUUUGCAGUUUGCGGAAAGUUGGAAGAUUCCAAUCUACUCUGUUGAUGCAUUUUUCAGGUGGCUGGAUCGUAAAAUUGAAUUGCUGAAAGGCUGUUUAAAACACAACAAGAAAUCAAACGGAGUUCGCGCUCUUAAAGGGCUGUUUCUAAAAGUAGAGCCUGCUGACAAGUUCGUUCGUCCACAAUUCAAAGAGUUUGAUGAAUGGCCUUCAAUAAAUUUUGACUGUGACCCUAGUCUGCCUCCAUUUGAAAAAAAUUGUGAAUCAAGGAAAUUAAGGAGUGCCAAUAGCAGUCAAAAUGUCCAGAGGGCAUCUAGGACCAGAAUGACAAAGCAGAAAAUUGUUGAAGAUGAACCUGCCGUUGCUGGAUAUUGUGAAAUAUGUUCUCAGCGUUACUGUAAUUUGAAGGACCACAUUGCCUCUUCAUCUCAUAUCAAACGGGCGAGUAAUAAAGCUGAUUUUGUCACAUUGGAUGAACUGAUUAACAUGCAAAGUGUAGAAGGUUUUCUGUGCGACAUGUGUCCAAGUUUAUCAAUCACAACCGCCUCCUCAUGCCGCCGAGCUCUACGCAGUGGUGUCAAAGAUCUGCCGUCCCCUUGCUCUCUCCCUCCACUGCCAUCGUCAAUGGGGAACAAGCAGAGUCGACCGUCACCUCCACCUCCUGUCUUGCUCAAUGGGUAUCAUGCUACCAGGUCAACUUCUCGACUUCUUAGCAGCAAUGACAAUUGCAAGGAGCCCCUACAGGUGCAGUGCAAUGGAAUGGAGCACUGCAAUGAAGGUGCCAAGAGUGACAGCGCUCUCGUGGGAAGUACGCAGGGAGCUCUAUCUCUCAGGAGCAUGCGGAGCGUCUCUGCAUCAUACCCAGGCUCAACUAAAGAUCUCUCCUGCCGCUCACGAUCCCAGCGUAGUAACUGGGGCCUCUUAAGUACUGCAGAAAAUCAAAGUAUCAAUAACUGUAAUGAACCAAAAGCUAAGCAAAUCUCCAAGAGAAAUGAGACCAAGGUGAAGCGUUUGUCAGGUGAAGAGAAACUACUUGAGGACAACAAAUCAUAUUAUAAAGUUGAAGUUCUACAUUCGAAGUUACGCUCUGCAGGUUCUGUGACCAAUGAUUCGGAUACGGAAAGCCAUGACAGAACCAAAGAUAAUAAAAGCUCAGUUGAUGAUAAGGAGCCAAUAGUGGUGAGGCUCCACAAAGUUAGGAGAACGGAAUUGAACCUGUUGAGCAAUGAAGCUGAAAACUUUAUGUUCGGAGAGCCGAAACGUCCCUUGAGCGAAACAAGUUCUGAAGAUGAAAAUGACUCUCCACAUGAAAAUGGGGAUUGCAAGGAUAAUGUCAAACGGGAAAUCAGUAAAUCUUUUAACAGGAGAAAAAAGUACUCAAAGCGUCGAACCCACGCUGAAGCAUUCAUUCAUGACAACCUAGACUAUUACAAGUUUGAAAUAUCUGACUCAAGGUUAAGAAUUAACAGUAGCCAUGCUGAUGGAUGCAAAGAUGAAAUAAAAAAAGAGUAUGACAAUGAUGGUUUUGACUCAAAACAGCAUUUCAACCAAAACUGCAAGAAUAUUAAAGACGAAAAGAAAGACUGUGAUAGAAUACCCACAAUUCAAGAUGAUGAUUUCAGAAAAAUCACUUUCUCCUUCGAAGUGGAUAGGGACUCAGAGCUUUGGCUUAAGCCUUUCAUUCGGCAGCACAAUCUUGAAGAAGAUUCGUAUCCUCCUGAUAUUUAUAGCUAUGAUUCUAAGGUGUUACCAUUUGAAAAACCAAAAAAUAAAGUUUCCAAGGUCAAGUUUGCCAAUUCAUCUCCAAUACAGAAAGUCCUACCGAGCAGAAAUGGUUUGAAGUGCAGAGGUAAAAAAUCGGUUUUGAUUCAUGAUGAUGGCAGGCCAAGAAAGUCACCCCGAUGUCAUGCCUCCACAUUGGCUAUUCUAUCUACUGUCACCAAUCGAAGGAGGCCCAGAGAUUCACCUGAAAAACCUAAAGAAGAAGGGGAUGUGCCACACUUUUUGACGGAUGAUGAGAACACUAGAUCAAGUCUGAUUGAAAGUUUGGAUCUAGUUCACGAUAAUGAAAAUUUAGAAGAAACCCUAAGAAAUUUUAAAGAAGAAGUAGAAAAACUGUGCAUUUCAAACAAUGUGAAUGAUAGGUACCAUGAAGUAAUUACCCUCCUGGCAAAAUAUUAUGAGACUCCAGUGAGCAAUAGUAAUAAUAAUGGUAGCAUUAACUGUCAAUCAUCACUUAAAUCUUUAUCGAAACCCUUGAAAAGACAUAAGUCAAGGAGUCUUGAAGACAUUUCCUCUAUUGUCCGUUUGCCAAUUUGUAUGGAUGUGGAUCCAUCAAUACUUACACAAGAAGAUGAAAUUCCUAUAGACUUCUCCUUGAGGCCCGGCCCUAUUUCCGAUGUAUCACAGUUAGUCACCAGUUCUGCGUAUUGUUGCAGUAUGGAUCGUGUUAGUUUAGAACAGAGCCAUAAGACUGUGGAUCUCCUCCGGAAUUUUGGCAAUUUUGACGGCUCAUGCAACAGCUCAGACUGUGGAGCAUCUUCGACUUGUGAAACACUUGGGUUCAUGGAAGAUGGCCGCACUGUUUCUCGGAAGAGGAAACGCAAAAGACCCAACAUGACAGGAUGGCCUCUCAGAAAUCAAAAGCGCAAAACUUUAAGGCAGGAGUUCUGCUACAUGGACAAAAGUACAAAAGAAGAACAUAGUGUGGUUGUUGAAAGUAGUUUCAAUGACAAAGAACCCUUGAUCUUUAAUGUUAAUAAUUGUGAAAGUUUAAGUGAGAAGUCUAUACUUGAUAUGGAAAAGAAAAAACGGUAUUUCAAUCCAUCCCAAGUGCAAAGUGUAGACUCUGAAGACUCUUCCGAAAUAUCCUUAAAUAGGUUAAGCCUGAAAUCCAAAUCAUGUUUGUUGGCUAGGAGACUACGUAGUUCCAAUACCAAUUCAUCGCCUGAAAAACAAUCUGUUUAUAAGAAGCACCCGAAGAAGCGAAAAAAGUGGGGUAGUAAAUUAAGAUGAAAUUCACAAUUUCAAAUAGUCAAAUCUUUUCUUAUCCAACACUGAAUUGAACUGUCUGAAAUUUAUUAUAUAUAACUUUGUACUUUCUGAUAAUCAAUUUUUAGGUUCCUUGUUUACUUAAUUAUUUUUAUAUCUAUUGACAUUUUUAGCCCAUUUUUAUAGCCUAUUUGUCGAGAAAGUUUUCUCUUACCUUUCCUCCGUUUUAGUCUCAUCAUAUUAUGUGGGAAGGAUGUUACCCAAAAUCGAUCAUCUCCUGAUCCUUCAAAUAUUAUCAAGGUUGAUCUUGAAGCAUUCUCAAAGACCUGAACACCCGCAGUAUUUUACAUUGCAUGUUGUAGAGGGUCUGGGGAAAAACAGUUCAACGUUUUAAGUGUAGAAUGGUUAACACUAAGUUGACUUUUUACAUGAGAUAUGCUCAUUAUUCUUCAAACAAAUGCUAAUUUUCUACACACUGCGUUCACUAAUUUUAAUAGCCAUGUGUCAGAUAUUUCCACCCACUGUAAUUGUGCAUUGUGAAAAGUGUUAUUGGAGAGCUUGGAAGACAAGGCGCAUUAGUGGAGUUUUUAUUAAUUUAAAAAAACGAGUUCAAAGCUCUGGAUUUUACUCGGACCUAUAGACCUGCUCCAAAUGCCCUCAAAAUUUACAGGUGUUUGUCUCACAUCUUCAUGAACAUCUUCUGAAGUUUUCAGCUCAGUUGAGCCAAGUUAAGGCCAGCAGUUGGGUUUGAAGAGAGGGUAGGUCGCACUUAUCCCGCAUCAUCUCUAAACGAAAAAUGCACUAAUCCCAAUCGCUGUUGUCAAAUGACUUCCAGACAAAAUCGCUUGGUAUUCUGAUAGACCUUGCCUUCAGCUACCAAAAAACAUGCACAACUCAAUUUUGAUCAAAGACAUGCUUCUGAGUACACACUUUCAAUUUUAUUUCCAUUCUUUCUUUUUCAACACGGAAAAACUCGAAAUGGUCCGGAUUUCUGUUUCCCCUUUGUCUUUCCUUCCUGUUUUAUCUACUGUGCUUUUAGUGAGGUCCAGUCGUUUUCGUGUAUCUCACCCAUUGAAAUACAAGAAUAACGAGCUAUGGCACGCAGCUAAGGCAGCUGGGCUCUAAUCUCUAGUCUUGAAUUUCAAUAAUUGCACUUAUGCGCCUUGUUUUCCAAGCCCCUCAAUUAACGUAACUGUGAAAUUGCUAGAUUUCUCCAUUUCAGGCUCGGGGAGGAUACCUUUGAGACUUUCCCUAAUCAUUCACCAAACGAUGCCCCAUUUUCCCUAAAGUUUCAAGCCCCCCAAAAGUUUAUGGAGAGAUAUGGCGUGGGGGUCCAAGUAAAAAACUAGUAACAUUUUUGCGAAUUUGUCAGUCGAAAACCAAGAAGUUUGAAAUAUGCGGUGUAUAUGAGCAUUUCCAGCAUGACAAGAGCUUUCAGAAACUGUAUAGCAUCAUAGGGUUUUGUCAACCUCUGCUUGAGUCAUCGCCUCUGAAGCGCCGAAACGCUAAGAAAAGACCCCCUUUUUUUCACGUCCGAGCUGAUUUAAAAAAAAGUCAUUUUUUUAAUUUUGAUGAAAAACUUAUAUGUUGUCCCUGACUCUCGGUAGCCCCUCUAGCUCUUUACCGUAUGCUGGGGAAAUGUUUUGGUCGCGAGUUAUAAGAGCGAAAAGGAGCGAAGAUCGGGAGAAUCGGCUAUUUUAAACUGCGCGCGCGGCGUUGAUCGGAAGUAGAACGUCCCCUCCCGCUCAGUUCUAGGAAUCGCCCUUCUCGGCCGAACUCGCAUUGUUGCCAUGUGUUCUACGGUCCGGCGCCGCGCGCGCAGUUUCAAACAGCCGAUUCUUCUGACCUUCGCUCCUUUCCGCUCUGUAACUCGCGACUAAAACAUUUCUUUCAACAAAUUCGCAGAAAUGUCGCUGAUUUUUAACUUUGACCCCCCGCUGCGUCUUCCCAAAGUGUUUGGGGGGGGGGGGGGGCUAGAAACUUUGGGGAAAAUGGGGCAUUGUUUGGUGAAUGAAUAGGGCAAAUCUCAAAGGUAUCCGCCCCGAGCCUGAAGUGGCCCAUUUUGCAUGUACCCCUUCAUUUGUCGACACGCUACUUUAACAUCAUUUUAAAAUGCGUUUUUUGCUUCUAUCUUUGCAUUCAAAAAUGUAUCCAAUGUUUUAUAGGCACAUGCACAAAGUACAGGAAUAAAGAGGUGGAAAAUGAGUCGAAAGGAGCAAAUAUGUUUAUUCUUAGAAAUUACAUUUCAGUAUGUUGGAGGACCCAAUGUUUCUAAAGAAUGUCAAGUUAGUCGGGGGACGUAAUUGUUCUGAAAUACUCAACUUGUUUUAUGGAAGAAGGGCACUGCAUUUGGCAGCUUAGUUAUUCACUUCAAUUGCAAAAUGUCUAUCAAACAAGGGUUACAACUUUCAUCAUCUUUCAUGGGACUCAUAUUUUGAUGGAAUGAUCAAUUCAGCCAAGUCUGGCCAAACAUGUUGACAGAAACAAAAUUGGAACUUUCAAUUGCGUAUAUCUUGAAACAAGAUUUUCUGAAAAAUGCCCUUCCUGUAUUCUAUGCCUCAAGUAGAUGUCACUGUGCCGAAACGAACCAGAGUACGCAAGGUUAUUGGAGAUCAGCACAUGAACUGUUGUAGGUAUUUCUAUUCUCGGCUAUGAAGACACUGUAUUUUGAAAAACAGCACUUGAGCAUUGUCAAAACUUGUCAGCAAAUACAGUAUUUAUUUGGUUCCUCUUCCCAAAAUGCCUAAGCAGAGAUGUUUCAUGCGGGAUCACUCAAUAUCUGCCAACAAGUUCUCUAUAUGUGCUUCUCUGCGUUGCUUUCAAAAAUGCAGUUGCUUCAUACCUAUUCCCUCCUCUCCAACUUCUGUUCCCUUUUAAAUUUCAUCCAAUCUAUGGUUGGUCCAUCACUAUUUCAUUUCAAAUGCUGACUGUCACACCCUCAAACUCGCCUUAAUUUUCCUUCAAAAUUUUCAUACACUGGUGAUCAAUCCAAGGAAACUCAGAAUAUCUAUCUCCUGUUUAUCUUAUUUCCAUGGAAUUUUGAGAAAUCCUUAGGCACUAUAUGAAUGAAAUCAGAUUAUUUAAUAUGUUUUGAGUCUCUUCUUGACUUAAUACAAUGUAUUUGCUUGUGUAAAUUACAGUUCUAAUAAUCAAGAAGUUGGAGAUGUAGCCAACAUGUGUUACAAUCCAGAAAACUAAAAAUCUCAAUAACUCGUGGUGCACCAAACAGCGUAUCUCCUAUAGGAAAAAUUUUGCUUGGAUGAGGUUUUCCCUCUGUAUUGUGAGUUUCAGUUCUCUGAAACGUAACGCAUGUUGGCUACAUCUCCAACUUACUGUCUAUACGAUUUGUGCGUCUACCGCAGCCAGUUUGUGAGUUCUAAUAGUGACUCUAGGAACUCAGUGAGGAAACUGGGAAUGUCCUCAUUUCCCCCCUAUACCUCCGUCCAACAUGUUUUCCAGAGGAUCUGUUUCUCAGAAUCUGACAGUAUUCUAUGACUACCUAUAAGGCAAACUAAAAAGGCCUCUAUGUAUGUCACUACAACACCGCAGUAUAUGGCCAGAAAUUUUCUCUAGAAUUCCCAUUCCCGGCACCUUACUUUCCCUUUUGAUCCUUAUUGAUCUCUGAUCUACUUACCCUUUGGUUAAUUAUCCAUCCUAAGUGAGCGCUUUGUUUCUUAUAUGGCCCCCAUAUCCAGUCGUUAAUGAAGGAUUAUCAUUACUGCUUGAAAUGCAUGGAGAGGAUGAUGUAAUUAGAUACAUCUGCUGCAGAGAGCAUUCUGCUGUCAACGUUCAUUUAUGUCUGCGAUUACCCAAGUUGCGAAAUAUUUUGUAUUUAUAUGCAGUUGUAUCUACCAAGUACAAAAACAUGCUUCUUUGAAUUUUCACACCAAAAAAUAGAAUCUUUGUGACAUGCAUACACUCCUUUGGCACAUGUGUCUAUUAACAUUGAUCAUAAAGAUUUUUUUCGAUAACUUUGAAGUAGCCACAAAUAUGUAGGGAUACACUCAUCAUCUUUGACUAAUGUUGUUUUGAUAUUCAUCAUUCUGGGUGCAAAAUAUUACUAAAUCUCCGUAGUCUCCUCUCAUCGCAGCAAAUGCGCAAGGUGGUUCAAAAGGCCUGCACCACCCAAAUACUUUUUUUGCCGAUUGAUCUGUCAAAACGAUAUCACAGCUUUUGGAUCACUCUUUAUGUCCUGAAUCUUCAGCUUCAAUCAAGGAAGGAAUUUUUUUUUCCUAUCCCUUUCCCCCUUAAUAAGAAACAACAUUGUAUGACAACAGCUCAGACUCCCUCAUGGUGUCUUGAGUGAAUGAAUACUACAAAGUGUUUCACCACACUUGAAGCGUAUAACAGCAAGAGGCUUCUGUGUGCAGCUAAGGCCUAGAGCUAAUGGUAAAAUGAAAAUCUGAUUUUUUGGUUCUUUGGGGUAAGGAAUUUUCCUAAUAAAUGAUUAGGACAUCAGAGCUCAUGAAAUGGCAGUAACAUUUUUUGUCAAAAGUAAUGUUUCUUGAUAAUGGAAGAAGAUGAGAGAUGAAGUCUGUAAGAAUUCCUCUGUUCCUUGAACGGUCCUUAUCUUCCUCUCUUUUUAUUUAAUGAUGUAAAAUACCUGGAGUUUGUCAUCAAUUCAAAUGUAAUUCUUUCCAAUAAUUUAUAUACUUGUUUUUUAAUCCUCUGUAAAUAAUUGUGUAAUACUGUAUAUUAUGGAAUUGUAUCAUAUGUAGUUAUUUGAUGUACAAUUUUGCACGGACUUGAAGAAUUCUCUCAUUCUUAUUUUUACGUUUCAAAACUGUUAUUAGACUGAAAAAUGCAUUGAGUAACUCCAGUGUGUGUAUUGUUUUCCAAAGGUCGUUUCCGUAGUUUUCUUAAGGAUUUGUUUAAUUUUCUCGAUGAUUACUGCCUCAAAUUUUAUAUCGCAAAGCGUGUAAUUAGGCACAAUUAUUAUUUUUUGUGAAUUCUCUCUUGAUCAGUAUUCUUGAUAUUGUUAUUACGGUUCUUUCAGUUGGUACCUACUGUUCGUUUUGAGACCCAUGUGUUGUCUGCAUGGUACGAAUAAGAAACAAAAGUACUCUAAAAAAGCU